AUGCAAGUCGAAUCGAGCGCUACACCGCUUCUGACAGUAGAUGAAGUGGAAAAAGUCCAACGUCAACGGGUAGCUAGCCUUAUCGGCCAUGUGUUCCAACUGACUUAUGCGGCUACGGUUGACAAACUCAUUCAAGAAGAAAAGAUGAAUCGCUGCCACGGUUGUGCUAUUCAACACCAAAGUCAAAACCAACAUUCUUGCCUCAUGAUGGAUAAUGAUGACGCAUGGAUGUAUUACCAUGAUGAAGUGGUGGAACAAAUUGACCUUAAUGUUAUCUUGAAAACGGCUGAAAGUGUGUGCAGUGCUCUUGGUUUCAAACUUGGCAAAACGUGGGAAGCGUACGUGACCGAAUUACCAAAGUUGCCUUGGACUAGCAUCUAUCGCACUUCCUUGGAACUCGAAGAUUAUGGUGAACUAGAAGAUCGAAUUCUGUAUGCUAUUUACUACGGACCUUGUGGACUGAAGUGCAAAGAUCCCAGUGCUGUGGAAAUUGACAACCAAGAUGAAGUGCAAUGCCCUGAGAGAGUUGUGAGGAAAGAUGAACAACCAAUGGAUCUUGACUUGAUAAUUAAUGACAUUCAAAAUAAGCUUUGUUUCUAAAAGUAAUAAAAUUUGUUUAUGUCUAAAUUUUGAGUCAGUGUGUGUUUGUCUCUGUCUUUGCUUCGAGUCGACUUAAAUUUCAAGUGGGAGAUCGCGUCAGGAUUAGCAAAGUAAGGAGAACGUUUGAAAAAUCUUACUUACCUAAUUUUACGGAAGAAAUGUUUACUGUAUACAAACGAAUGGCGCGUCAAGUACCCGUUUACAAACUAAAGGAUGACGCAGGUGAAAUCUUAGAUGGAACGUUUUAUGAACCCGAAUUACAGAAAAUAAUUAAGAACGAUGAUGUGUACCGGGUCGAAAAGAUUUUGCGGAAGAGAAAGCGUAAAGGGGUAGUAGAGUAUCUUGUGAGAUGGAAAGGAUACGAAGACUUAAAAUUUGAUUCCUGGGUUCAAGAAAGUGAUAUUUUGAAGUUGUAAUUUAUGCGUUUUCUGUGUAGUGAAUAAAAGAAAAGGAAAUAAUAAAAUGAAUGGUGUGUGGUUUCUAAUAAAUUAAGAAUACCCAUAUUAAAAAGUUCAUUUCAAGACAGGGCACGAUGGAGGUAACACAGUUUUAUCUGCAUCUCCCUAGCAAUAGCAGUCUGGAUAAAUUUCCUCAUAACACAUUAACAGAGUACCAUGUUGGUUUACCUCAAACCGUUAGCUUGACUGGGGACUGGGAAGUAGCGUUAACAGAAAUUCAUUAUCCUCACAGCUGGAAUAAUGUCCAAGGAAAUUUUGGUAAUCGAUUAUUCCUUCGGAACCAAGAAUUGUCCGGAGUAUGGGAGGCCCUAAUUAUACCACCGGGUCAUUAUUCUUCCAUUGAAGAUAUCUUAUCAAAGAUGAAAGGGCUAGUCGAGAAUGUAAAGCGUUUCAAUAACGAUGUAACAUUUUCCUACGAUACGUUCACUAGAAAGGUGACUCUUCACCUACAAAAUAACGUAGAACUUUUCUUUGGUAACAUUGGAUACCUGCAGGGAUUUUCACCAGAAGAAAUUAUUUCUAACACCUCUACCGCUGAAAGACAAGUGGAUUUGGAAUACGGCUUUCACGAUCUUUUCGUUUACUGCGAUCUUAUUCAGUCACAAUAUGUUGGCGAUGCACUGGUCCCUUUGCUUCGAAUUGUUCCCGUAGAAGGAGAGGACGGCCAGCGAGUCAGUAAAUCGUUUGUGCGCCCUCAAUAUGUACCUGUCAGCAGAAAGCAAUUUGAAACCAUCGAAGUCAAUAUAAAGCGAGACACAGGGGAAUCUGUGCCAUUUGAGUUUGGAAGAGUGUUGUUAACACUUCAUUUUCGUCAGAGUCAACCUCAGUACUUUUAA